GUAGUCCCCACACAAUGAAGUUUGGUCCCUAGCUACCUUUCUGCUUUGCUUUGACUAGUGAUCGAUCAAGUUGAUAUGUUAGAAUUCCUAUUUUUUCUUGGUGACACCAGAAAAUUAAAGUAAUUAAUUUCUAAAUCUCAUGGCAUCCAUCUCUGUUUUGCUCUUACUGUUGUUAACGCUCCUCACAGCUGAAAGAAGUACCUCUAGCAAUAGCACCAUACAUCUGGGGUCUUCACUCUCUCCUAAAGGAAAACACACUUCAUGGCCAUCAAGUUCUGGCCGGUUUGCUUUUGGGUUUUACCCCAAAGGAAAUGGCUUUGCAGUUGGAAUAUGGCUGGUCAGUUCACCUGAAAACACUGUUGUGUGGACUGCUGAUCGUGAUAGUCCACCACUCUCCUCUAACUCUUCACUGAAUUUGACCGAGCAAGGCCUGCUUCUUCGAACUGGAGAUCAGUUAGACCAACGUCUCAUUCCAUAUUUGAAUUAUACAUUAGCUUUGGCAUCUAUGCGUGAUUCUGGCAACUUUGUGCUAUUUGAUAAGCAGUCUGAUGCUAUCUGGGAAAGCUUUGACUACCCAACUGACACCAUAUUAGGAGGUCAGAACUUCACUUCAAUCAAUUUACUGAUCUCUAGUAUGUCCGAAACAGACCAUUCAAGAGGGCGUUUCUAUCUCGAUUUCAACCCGGGAUCUGAUAGACAGCUCGUUGCUUACCCUUUCAAUAGCUCACGAGAGGAUGAGGAUCAUUAUUGGGUUUAUACUGACGAUCUUGAAGCCAAUCAGCUCAGUCUUAAUGUUGAAGGUGUUCUUUGCUUAGAAGGCCAUGUCGUUAAAAAAUGCUUAAAUGAUAAGCCUAGAAGCAAGUCAGAGAACACAACUUCAAUCUACCGUGCAACACUGGAUGUAGAUGGGAACUUGAGAUUGUAUGAGCACCGAUUUGAAGGCAAUAGUACAAGCUUACAUGAGGAAAGUACGGUGUGGCAAGCAUUGAAUGAUACAUGUGAAGUCGAGGGGUUCUGUGGGUUGAACAGUUAUUGCUCGAGCAUGAAUGGUAAAGCUGUGUGUUACUGUUACCCGGGUUUUGUCCCUUUCAAUAGCAGCCGAAACAUGCCUCUAGACUGCACACAAAUUCAUAUCAAAGAUGAUUGUGAAAGAAGUGGAAACCCAAUGGUGUGGUAUGAUGUUAUUCACUGGGAGAAUAUUACUUGGGGUGAUACUCCAUAUUCAGCUAUAUCAAUGAAGAAGGAAGCUUGUGAGAAGUCUUGCCACGGAGAUUGUGAUUGUUGGGGAGCAUUGUAUUCCAGUGGCCACUGCAAUAAAUAUAACCUUCCCCUUAUCUAUGGCAGAAGGGUUCAUGAUAAAUCAAAAGUGGCACUUUUAAAGGUGCCUUCAAGAUAUGCCAUGAAGCCAGCUCCAACUUCAAACACCACCUACAUGCACAUGCCUAGUGUCAUUUUUGAUAACAAGAGAAGUCUGAUAUUGACUCUUUCCCUUACUCUGGGUUGCAUUUCAUUGUUGUGUUUGGUCUUUGCAGUGUCCACUUUCUACAUUUACCGGCGUCGAGUUUAUAGGUAUACAAUGUUGUCUGCAAAUGAAGAUUUGCGAUUUAGUGAAGAGUGUUCUUUGCGUUCAUUUUCUUAUGAUGAACUUGUGAAAUCAACUAGAGGCUUCACAGAAGAGAUAGGCAGAGGAUCAUUUGGAGCUGUUUAUAAAGGCAUGAUGGGUGGAAGUAGUAACAGAAGGAUUGCGGUCAAGAGACUGGAGAGAGUUGCUGAUGAAGGGGAGAGGGAAUUCCGAGCUGAAAUUACUGCCAUAGCUCGAACACAUCAUAGGAAUUUGGUUAAGCUAGUUGGUUUUUGUAUAGAAGGAUCUAACAAGCUGCUUGUUUACGAAUAUGUCAGCAACGGGUCUCUUGCAAAUCUGCUCUUCAAUUCUAAGAUGCGGGGGAUAUCAUGGAAAGAGAGAAUAAAAAUCGCAUUGGAUGUGGCCAGAGGAGUCCUGUAUCUACAUGAAGAGUGUGAAGUCCGCAUUAUCCAUUGCAAUAUAAACCCUCGAAAUAUACUCAUGGAUGAAGCAUGGACUGCAAAGAUCUCUGAUUUUGGAUUGGCAAGGCUAUUAAAGCCGGAUUAUUCAAGAACUAAAAAAGGGGAUGAAGGGACAAGCAGGUACUUGGCACCUGAAUGGCACAAGGAUGCAUCUGUAUCCGUAAAAGUUGACAUUUACAGUUUUGGCAUGGUAGUAUUGGAGAUUAUAUGCCGCAGAAGCAGUAUAGAGAUGCACGUUUCCUCAACUGAGGAAAUACUUCUUUCCAGGUGGGUAUAUCAAUGCUUUGCAGCUGGGCAGUUGAAUAUGCUUGUUACACAUGACGAAGAUGUAGAUUGGAAGAUAAUGGAAAUAAUGGUGAAGGUGGGGUUGUUGUGUGUGCAAGAUAACCCAUCUCUUCGUCCUUCAAUGAAGAACGUCAUCUUGAUGUUGGAAGGAUUGAAAGAUAUUCCAAUUCCUCCAUCUCCGGUCCAGUUGGUUGAGUAGUCAUGUUUGAAUCAACUUUUCUUUUCUCAUAAUCCCUUUUAAAUUAAACCCAGAAGAUACUCAAAGAAGUUUCUUUCCACACAUAUAGUUACUAUAUGUAAUACUGUGGUUUCAGUUUUCAUCUUGAAUUGUUGUUGAUGUUGUUCUUGUGAUGAAUUAUAUCAAAAGCUAGUUUCCUUGUUUGUCGUUCA